CAGUAGGUGAGUGGCCGGAGGAUUAACAACUGUGACAGUGGAUAUGGGGGAAGAGGAAAAAGGAAGUAGAGCGGGGCAGAGAGAACAGAAGUGAAGCAGAUUCAGAAAAGAGGGAGAGAAGAGAGAGAGAUCAAACAGAAGUAAAAGACCACUUGGAGACUGGACUGCGCACUGGACGUGUGUUUUUGAAUUUGGGUGGACUCAUCUGUAAAAAGGGCUUGAUCACCACAGCCAACAUGUACAGUGGAUAUGGAGGGAGUCCAUCCCGAACCCUCUCCACCAUGUCGCUGUCCGUUCGCCCCGCCAGACAACUCACCUCCAGGUCCAUCAGUAGGAGCCAGAGCUUCACUGGAGUCAACACUUACGACAAGGCCUACAGGAACCUCUCAGUGUUCAGCACUCCAGGUCUGAGCAGGAAACCCAGCAGAGCCAGCAGGAUGUUCAACACAUCCACCAAGUCCAAUCCACCACCUAAAGUUCCUCAACCAGAGCGCCUAGACCAGGUGUACGAGGCACUGAAGAAAGGCCUUCAGUCUUAUCUGCAGGUUUAUCAAACUGACUUGGACGGCCUGAGCAGACAGAUGAAAGAAUCGAAGAGAAACUCCAGACUGGGUUUCCUGUAUGAGCUUGACAAGCAAGUGAAGGUGACUGAGAGGUACAUACGACGGCUGGAGUUUCACCUCAGCAAGAUUGAGGAGCUCUAUGAAGCGUACUGCCUGCAGAGGAGGCUCAGAGAUGGAGCCAACAAGAUGGUGAAGGCGUACACUGCCUCACCAGUCAGCAAGGAGGCCAAGGAGAGUUUGGCAGAGGCCAACAAAGGAUACAAAGAGUACACAGAGAACAUGUGUGUGCUGGAGAACGAGCUGGAGAAUCAGCUGGGAGAGUUUCAUAUUAAGAUGAAAGGUCUGGCUGGAUUUGCAAGAUUGUGUGCUGGUGACCAGUAUGAGAUCUUUAUGCGGUACGGUCGACAGCGGUGGAAGCUCCGCGGCAGAAUAGAGAUCAACGGCAAACAGGUGUGGGACAGUGAAGAGAUGGUGUUCAUGCCGCUCAUCAGCGAGUUCCUCUGUGUGAAGGUGACGGAGCUGAAAAGUUUAGCCAAUCACGUGGUUGUAGGAAGUGUUUCAUGUGAGACAAAGGACUUGUUCGCAGCACUGCCGCAGACGGUUGCCGUGGAUAUUAACGACCUCGGGACGAUCAAGCUGAGCCUGGAAGUCACCUGGAAUCCAUUUGAUAAAGAUGACCAAAGCUCAGUGGCCAGCACCGUCAACAAAGCUCCAAGUGUUAAUAAGAGAUUCUCAACCAUCUUCAACCAGAGUCCGCCUGACACACCGUCCUUACGGGAACAAGCCUUCUACAACAUGCUCCGCCGUCAUGAAGAGCUGGAGAACGGGACGGCGUGGUCGAAUUCAUCUGAAUCUUCUGAUGACUCCUCCAGUCCUCAGCUGUCUGUAGGAGGGCUACGCAACAACACACAUCAAAAGGCUGUGGUGGUAACUCCAGAGAUCCAGCCUGCUGUAACAGGAAGUUCCUACCCACAGCCUGACAUUGCGUUCUGCCUCCGAGACUCGUCUUCCACCUCCACUCCAAACUCCACCAACAGAGUCAGUGCUGCUGCAGACAAACAGCGCACGGACAGCGACAGGAGAGAAGAGAAGGUGACAGUGACGGUGAGGACCAAACCUGCCAGUGAGGAGGACGAUGCAGGGAAACAGUCUCCUAUAGAAACAGAGGAUUUAGGAGGCACAAACAGCCUCACCUCGCGUAACUACUCGCGCUCUCUGAGCCACAUCAGUGAAAGCAGCGCCGAUGGCAUCGUGUUGACAGAGAGAUCGGCAGGAGAAUCAGGGGAUGCGAUGUCUCCGGCCUCUGGGCUUUCUGUUAAUGACAUUGAGAUGGAGAUCAACAACAGGACUCCAGAGCAGCCCAGCUCCUCUCUCACAGACACUGACAUGCCACCAAAGAGACUUGUCGCUGUCCAUGAAAGCACAUCAGAUGAAAAUGUUGCAGUUCCACUGCAGGAAGGGGCAUCCAGCUUAGUCCCACCAUCCUCUUCCCCCACCACAGGUGGAGUAGACUCACUCACUCCAUCACAAACAAACACAGACUCACAUACAGAGAGCAACGCACUGCCAGAUAGUUCAGAUGUAACUUACGUGGCCCGGCGGGUGGCAGUGGAGGAGGAGAUUCCAGGUGCAGGAGAGGGUGAUGGUCCUGUGGACAGCGGGCUGGAGGAAGCGCUGGGUGCUGUAGUUUCCUCUCUGGAUGAUUACAGAGGACAAUUCCCCGAGCUACAAAUACUAGAACAGGAGCUGAAGCUGCUGCAGGUUACACUAAAGGGUGGCAAGCACAGUCGCUCGCCCAGCGUGGUCAGCCUCACAGUGGAAACUGCUCUGGGCAGCUUUGACUUCCUUAACACAUCUGACUGGGAGGAGGAAGAGGACGAGAGAAGUGACAAGAAGAGUAGAAAUGGGAGGUCUCUGCAGGACAGAGGCUGGGACAGCCCUUCAUCCACUUCCUCUCCCCUCACCACAGGCUGCAGUACUCUAGACUGCUCCCUAGUGGUGCAUUUGAAGAACUGCUGCACACAGAUGCUGCGUCUGGGUACUUUCGGCCCCCUGCGCUGCGGAGAGAUGUACGCCUUAGACCGACUGCUGAGAGAGGCACGGGUCCUCGAAAUCAUCCGCCGCAUUGUCAAGGACAACCCGCGACGCCUGAGACAGCCAGCUGAAGUGAUACCACAGCUUGGCCUGUGCCUGGGCGCUGUCUUACUUUGGCAGCAGUGUGUGGGUCAAGGCAGCAUGUACAGCAUUUCUGCUGAGAGUUUCCUGCACACUCUGUCCACCCUCUACUCCAACAACCUUCCUCAGAGAGCGAGCGGCAUGGCCGACACAGUGUUCCUGUGCGCGGCUGAGCGAGUGCUGGAUCAGAGGUUACCACGGCGAGAAGGCAGCAGAGACGGUGUGAUGGUGACAAUGUUCCAGUUGUGGAGUUACAUAGAGGCCAAUGGCAUCACAGACAUUGAGACGCACAUCAGUGAGCUGGCAGAAGAAGUGUGGCUGGUACAGAGCCUGGCAUCAUGUGACCCAGAUGUUAUUGUGCAUGCUCUGCGGCAGCCCACGCCCUGUAGCCUGAGGAGAGAAGGACUUCACGCUGUGGCCAAAUUACUGAAAGACCCUCGAGGGAAAGUGUCAGCAUCCGCAAGCUCUGUGCUGAGAAGCCUGAACGCACAACCCAGACAGAGAGAGCAGGCACUGGUUAUCUGUUUGGAGUUGCUGGAAGAUGAAAUUGUGGAAACCAGAGUGUGUGGAUGUAAAGCCUUAGCCUGUCUCAAGGCCAAAGAAAGUAUCGACCAGUUAGUGUAUCUGUGUCGGACAGACAAGGAGGAAGUCCGAGAAGCUGCCAAACAGGCUCUGCUGGUGCUUGGUGAGGAGGGGAAGAUGGCCCACAGACACGUGGAGACGUCUCAGGACAAUUUACCCAGACUCUUCGCUCCAGGAAGCAUGGCCAGCACAGCUUUCUAACACAACACACAAAAGACAAUCACUCACUAAACACUGCAUGGAAACAGAACCACUGAGUCGGCAAAUGUUGUGCUUCGCCUCAAGUUGUGACGGUAAACCCUAUGCUGUACUUCCACUUAGUUACUGCCACUAAAACAUAAAUGUGUACAAUAUACAGGCUGACUUUAGAGAGAGAUUCUGUACUUAAAGGGUAAUUCUGAUGUUUUUUCUAAAGAUGGGCCUUAUUUUAAAUGUUUUGUUGUUAGCACAAUCAUUAUUUAGCAGAAGUUUGAGAAAAUAUACCAGUACAUCUUUUUUGUUGGCAGCAGUAAAACUGGCUGCAUUGGCUCGGUUAAUUCUCUGAGGCAAAUGGGCCAGGUCAAAGUAUGUAUGCUAAAAGGCCCACGGUCUUCUACACCAUCAGACUCUGUUGACUAAACCCAUGAUUCAAACUCACUGAGCAUGUGAUGUCCAUGUACCACUGCAACCAUAAAUUAAUUUUUGCAAAGCAGUCUGCUGGAGCAAGUAUAAAAUUAAGUAAACAAAAUAUUUGAAAAUAGCGCCCAGGUUUAAAAACCAUCGGAACUCCUUUUUUUACACUGGGUAAACUUUUACCAUCAAUAAGCUAUAAAUACUUAUUGACCUGUGGUAACAAAACACUUGGACUAACAGGGAAGGAUGUACAAUACAUGCAGGCUUUAAUUAUGGAGUGGGACGAUGAAAUGGAUACUGAGGGACAAUGGUUACAAGGAGGAGUGCAUCUGUGUGGCCCUGACUCGUUCAGUAAACAUUACCAGACUGGCUCUGUGCUGUUUUUUCCUGGCUCAGAUAAUGACACCUUACUCUAAAGCAAACCAAAAGUUAUUUAAAGUUACUUUGUUUCAUAAUGUCAGUUUCAUAACCUUCCAGGUGACCAAAAAGUUUGCAAUAUUUACAUUCUUGUAUUUUAAAUUAUUUUAUUACUUCACGUCUGUAGUUUGGAUUAUGAUUUCUAGAAGCAGUGAGCAAAUGCAGAUUCAAAUUUCUCCUCAUAUAUUUCAAUGCUCCCCCUACCAUACAUGAAAGUACUUCCUUUUGUAGUCACUGCUGUCUCUAGAUGCAGAUAAAACGUGUUUUUAACCUGCUGUGGGUUGACAUCUUGUUUUGUGAAGUGAUAUGCCUGACAUACUGCUCUGCCUUUACUACGGCUCAUUUUUUGUCUUUUUUCAGUCUACAGUUGUCCGUGCAGCCUCAGUUCAAGGAAGGCAGAAAAAAGUGCACAGAUAUAUGCAAAAAUCAAUCAAAGCCAAAAUUACAGUGAUGAUUUCCAUUAGAAUAACAUGAUCAAAUUUUAAUUAAGUUCUCUCAGGACUUUGGCCCUGACCAACAUCCAUCCUAUACACACAGAUUUGUUUAUAGAGGGUCAGUGUGCAGUAGUUCUAGGUAGUUGGUGGAGUUAUAAACCUUCUCUGAAGAAGUCUCCCUUAAAAAGCAUUUGUUUUUGACACAUAAUUGAUAAAUUCCAUGUUUUUAGAGGCUGUCUUACACUGGUUAGAAAAAUCAAAGGUGUAACACGCACAUCAGUGGAUAGGGUGCUGGAUCCAAAACGAAAUAGAAGGAAAGGAGAAAAGGUCUGCACACCAAGGACCUCCAAUAUCAGGCGUUUAUUAGCGACCAAGAGAAGUUUCGAGUCAGCGUGCUCUUCUUCAGACUUGGUAAAAACCUGAUAUGGGAGCUCCUUGGUGUGCAGACCUUUUCUCCUUGCCCCUUACACUGGUUAACCUGGUUAGCCAUAAUAAAGCUAUGACCAAUAUAAAUGCUCUGACCAGUUGUCCUGCCAUCCCAAUGUGUCCCUUUUUAAAGUCACUCUUAUUCAUACCCUCACCGAUUAUUUCCAACGUGACUAGAUUGAGGACUCCUACUGCCUAAAAUACCCAAACCACUGACAGAUGCCACCAUAACAAGAUAAAUGUGCAUUCCCAUCUGUCAGUACAUUUACAUGUAUAGUAAAGUUGAGCUACAAUCAUAGCUCGAUUAGGCAAUUUAACUGAACCACUGUACUUGUCUUGGAACACAUGCACAGUGUGAGAAUCCAUGUCCACCUCCGCUGCAGUAGAUGGCAAUAUCUCCUCUUUCAGCUAGUUACUGUUGACCUUCUCCCUGUUUUCCUCUCCAAGUUAGCAAGCAGCUAACACAGUUAUGUGAACAGAGAAAACACUGAAAACUUUCCAGUCAUUUUGGUGAUACACUUUACUUUUGGUACGAAUGAGAUCAACCCAUACAUCUAAUUUUGGCAGUAACCAAAGGAAGAUGCCAAUGGGACUCCUGCAAUGAUUAGCAUGUAUGUUAUUUGACUUAGGGUUCAAAAGCCAUGUGUGGAGACUAAAGAGCAUGCAUAACAUGUGUAGUCCAGAAUGGUCUGAUUAAGUUGUAUACAUGUAAAAAAUAAUACUUAUCUCCAAGUGCAAUAUCUUUGUAUCCUGACAUGCUGGAUAGACUGUUUCAUGUAUCCACUGAGUAGGAUAUAUUCCACAUACAUCUGGGAAACCUCCCAUCCAAAGUGUUUGGAAAGGGCUGGGCUUUUCAAAAAAAUCCCUAAAGGUGAUUGUACAAAUGUCCUGUCAUAUUCAUGACAGGCAAUCAGAGCAACAAUAAAAGAAUGAUGUAGCAGAUAUGCACACCUAGGGUAGUAACCUGAGCUUGACGUACAGGGGCUGUAGUAGUUUAUGAACAGUGUAGCUUGUUUUUGGAUAAAACUCAUGCCAAGGCAGAUUGGGAGAAGAGCAAAAGCAUCUUGUUUGCCAAGAAAAGCUUUCAGUGUGGCUUUUUGCUCUUGUUUUGAUAAAGGAAUGUGGCCCAGGUCUAAUAAAACAGCUGCUAUACUAUAGCUACAUCCAAGCUAAUCACUACAACGGCAGCAGCCGUUGCAUAUACUGACUUACAGUACAAUGAAACCCCUCGAGCAACGAUCACAAACUCAUGCUGAAGCAGGUCGGGAGAAGAGUAAAAACAUCUUUACUAUCAUAGAAUGCUUUCAGUGCUGUUUUAUACCUUUUAUUUAAUAAAAUUAUGUGAUCAAGUUCUGAUAAAUAUGUCACUCUACAUGCUAAACCCUAAAUCUGCUGCAGCCCUUGUUACCCUCUUCGAGUACAUCUAAACACCACUGUACUUCCUCAUUCACUUUAAAUGAUGCUGAUUGGUCAGAAAUCAUUUAAACUAGAGUUUUGCAAGAUGGAUUUGCCUGAUGACGGACAUGCAAUCCAUCUGCUUUGCAAGGUUGCUAUCAUGGUGUAUUAGUCCGACUUUGAAAAAUUCAAUUCAGUAUGGUUUCAGUUGAACUAACAUGUUAAAACUAAAAGUCUGGUGUUAGUCUGACUUCUAACUGCAUGUAAACAUACCGCCUGUUAUGGCCUUAUGACAGACUAGAAAAAAGGACUUUUAGAAAAUGUUUAUCAAAUAUAGAAUACACUUUUGAGUAUAUUUCAGUAACGUGUUAGUGUUGCGCCGACCUUCAGGCAUGUUACUUCACAAAGCAGGUGAUGGGCAGGCAGGGCUCCACUGUGUUACUCAGGAGAAUUUAUUAGCAUGGAGGGAGAAAGCCUGCUUGAUAUUGUAGAUCCAAACAUCUGCUGUUGGCGAUACACUUACACACAUAACUGAUCCCAAACUGCAACGCUGCUGUUGUUGGCUUGUUAACUGUGAAGAGUCUUCCAGUUCAUGAAUCUGUCUCACAGCCUUUAAUGAUGUCAGUUUAAUGACUACAGAUUAAAAUGAAGAAGAGCAAUAACACACACUGUAGAGUUAUGUCAGGAUGAUCUCUGUUGUUCCUGCACAGAGAAUGGUUCAAUCAAUUCAGUGCCAUUAAUUUACUGCAAUUAUUUUCAUGGAAAUUCAUUUAAUAUGACUGUAUGCCACUGGAAUUUGUUAUUUUCUAAUUGUACAUUGUUUUAUUAUAGCAGAGUUUUAUUAUGUAAAUGUAUUCUGUUUUAUGAGAUGCUUUUUUUACUGUUACAAUGAUUAUUCUCUGUUUGAUGCGAUGAAUGACACUACUCCAUGUAACAGUGACAGGUCUGCUGUAAAGGAGGGCAUUAUGCACAGAGACACUGAGUAAAACUGUCUGACUGCUGCUGGUGAAUUAGUCCUUUAAGAAGGCAGUAACAGAUCACUGAGUACAGAUCAGUUAAUCCAGGUCACUUUUAACCAGACUGAGAACAGUUUGAAGCUCCAAACCUCACAGAUCUCUGACAUGUAGAAAAGAAAAACCUGUGUUGUAUAAGUAUUGGCAUUCUUAUACAUGAGGGAAAGCAGCAAUAUGAUAUAACAGGAUUGUAUUUCCAGUAAAUCGGCUCCAGAUGAGGAAUCAUGCAUUAUUUAAAGAUAAUAACAGUGUUUUUACAAUGCUGCUGACUAUUCCCAGAAUGAUGCACCUUGCAUUCACUUGCAUAAAAUAAAACAAAAUAUUUUCUAAGCAUUUAUCUCAUCAUUAGAAGCUUUCUGCCUUUUUAUUUUGGCUUAGUGACAAAAUUAAAAUACUACUAUGAUUGUUAAUUAUAUUCUUUUAACAGAAAAUUCUUUUUUUCCAUAUUUAUGAUGAGAUGCUCAGUGGUAGUUAAGGCAGAAUGCGGAUUUUUAAGUUAAGUAAAUGUUUUAACAAAGGAGUGAAGCAUGUUGAUACUGGAGUUGAAAUAUUGAGUGUGCCAGGUAUUUUUAAAAAAUCAAACCAAGGGGAAACCUUUUUUUUUUAAUAGUGGAAGAUUUUGACUUCUAACAUGUUUUGACUUAACUCUUGAAAUGCUACAUAAAAAAGAUCCCCAAUUACUCUUACAUAUUUUUUUACUGCAAAGCCAGGCUUACUUUCCCCUCUGUGUAACCGCUGACGUCAGUUUCUACACUGUAAAACCGAACAUGUUAAAAACACUCAAUUUUUUUGUUGACACAAGUACUGGAAAUAUUGUUUUAGUAGACUCAAGCUAAGAUAUAUUAUCUUAAACUUUAAUCCCUGAUGAGUUGAUAGAACUAAAAAUAGAGGCAAUAGAUUCGUAAAAAAAUUAAAAAUGCUCACUGAAAAAGGCACAGAAUAGACAGUACUUGUUAGAAGCAGGUACUUAGCCAUUUUUAAGUAAUAUCAACUCAAUUUUACCUGUACAUUUCUAUUUACUUAACAUUUUAAGUUAAACUACAUUGUGGAAACUUUCCUACACUUAAAAAUCCAGUUUAAAUCCAACUCAAAACAACAUGUUUGUGUAUAACCUUGUGUUCCUCAUCCACUACAGUUUUACCUGAUUUGUUUCACAUCAUGUAAUCUUGAACAUUUAUGUCACUAAAGCCCAAAAAACUUUGGUGAUGACAAGUGACACUGAAUGAGACAUGCACACCAGACUAGGAAGUCCUCUUCCAUCAUGUUCAUGUCCAUCAUGUUGUUCUUCUAGGCAGACUUCUCUGACAGAGUCAGUCACUUCAUUCGUGGUGCAAAAGUGUCUUGUGCCCAAAAGCAUUCUGGAAAAUCUGUUCAGUCUGACAAAGAAACGCUCAAAGAUGCAGCAGUUACAAAUAGUGUACUUCCAUAAGAUUCAUAUUGAGGCUGAUCCCCAGCCAUCUGAGUCAGUAACUUCACUCAUGGUGCAAAAGUGUCCAAAGCCCACAAGCUUUCUGGAAAAUGAUGCAGAUUAAGGGAUGAUUAUCAAAUACUUUGAGUAGGAUGACCAAAGAAUACUAAGCUUGAAUGGGUACUAUCUACAUCAACUAAGAAUGUGUUCAGUCAGCACAGAGAAAAGAGCUGAAAUAGCUGUUUUUAAUUUUUGAGUUGACAACACAUUUUUUAACAAUCUUCUUCUGUUCGGUCUUACAGUGUAUAAGGGCAGGGGGACUGGAGUGAAUGUAAGCAUGUUCAUAUCGAAGUAGCUUGAUAAUAUUUUAUAUAAAGAGGUUGUACAGCAGUCAGGCUUGAGGGAAUGGUCAGCAUGAAGUCCAGAUAGAUUUUUUAAUUGUUAAAAAAAAAAACAGAUGCAGAAACACUGCUUUAAUGUUUAAGUCCCAUGUUUUCACAGUUUAUCAUUUUCUCCACCCACACUGAGUUUGACAGAGAGAAAUCACAUGGCACUUUUGUCUCUGUUUAAAUGAUAAUCUAGUUUCAUCAGAUUCACAGUGACACUCCUGUCAGUGAUUUUCACUAAGCCUUUCAUUUCCUCAGCACAGUUAGUGUAAGGUCAUCUCUGCAUAUCAUAAAUCCACUGAUAGUACCGUUUAUAAACGUGCUUCUGUCCCAUAUGGAUGUAAACAUUACUGACUACUGUUAAAAGUUACAGUGGAAAAAUAGAAAUGUGUUACCAGCUGAUAUUUUUAGCCAUGCUAGCAGCGGGGCUCUAGUUACAGCAGAGCUGGUCUGUGGACCACUCUGAUCUAAAACAUCAGGGUCAGACAUUGAUAUGUAUCAUUUAUAAGGGUUGGACUUUGACAGUAACUACUGGCAACCAAUAUAGAUUAAGAAAACACUGUGGCUUACCACAAUUCAAUUGUUUUCUCUUUAUCUCUAGAAGUUAACUAAUUAUCAUGAGAAAAACGGUGAUGUUACUCUGAGAUUAUGAGGUAAAAUACGCUUAAAUCUUUGGCAAACAACCAAAACAUGCUCUGCAGCAUUUCUAUCCUAAUUUGCAAGUUGUCUGAGAGGAUCCUCACAGCUAGCAUGGCAAUAGCUGUCGGCUCUUUGUACCACUGUCCAUAAUUGUUUCAUUUUUCUAUGUAGCAGUCCUCCAACAUCAAACCAAUAUGUACCAUACUUGGUCUAACUGCUGAUGGUUUCACUGUACCUCUCUUUCCUUUCUUUUUUUUUUUUUUUUCUAUUGAACAGCUGCAAACUCUAAACAGUUGUUGCAAUCAGUAUAAAAAAGCAAACGCAAUGUGCCAAGCCUUCUUUCUUCCCUCUGACUUCUUUAGAUGUUCAUUGUAACACUAAACUGUAUUUAAGAUUUACUUCUGAAAAACUGCAUUGGGAACAAAUCAGUAGUAGCUGUGUUUGUAAGGAUGUGUGUUGAGGAUAAAGGCCAUGGGUCAAAAAUAUUGGUCAAUAAAACUAUCAGUGUCUGAGCUUUUUCUCAGAAUCUAGGGGAUCAGGGAUUAAUUUUUGAUCUGGGUUUUUGUUUUACAUCACCAUUAUCCUCUUUAGUAAAUGUCAUUUGUUGAAAUGAGGGGUGAUUGUAAAACUUCCUAGUUUGAUAGUUUGUUCAGUUUGGAUGUUUUAUGAAGCAUGUUAAUGGCAACUUAAACUGCAGUGUCACUGGAAUCAUAAUAUUGAACUUCUGUCGCCUGUGGGAACUCACUUUGUAUUAAUGAUGGCUAUCGCUGUAAUCUUUGCAUUAGUGUAAGCGGGACAGCAGCAUUCUGCAGAAAUACCUCUGCGUCCAUUCAACAUCUCACAUUGUUUAAGUGCCUCAAGCUUUGAUAGUAACAUAGAUGCAAUAAGACAUAUAGAUGAGAUGCUUUAUUUAAGAAUGAAGAGUGUGAAGCAGUGGAAAACCACUGCAGCACAGUAUAUAUUUUUUCCACAAUCUCGGUCAAGUGUGCAGCAUUGGAAAUUACAUGUUUUAUUCUUUUUUUUCUUUGCUAAAAUAUAUUUCCAGGAAUUCUGGUGUUAAAUAUAUGCAAACUAUUAAAAAUAUGUGGAACGAU